AUGAACUCUUAUGCAGCCAAGAAAAGCUGUGUAGAUAGCAGUCCUCAGCAGGUGGAAUACUCUGGGGGAUUUGAAGAAAGAUACAUCAAUAGGAUAGUAGUAAGACAUAAUACUGAACUACUACCAAGAACUGCACGAAUAGACCCUUUGAUGCCUAAGAAAUAUUCUGGAGUCAAAGUGUCUGAUAAAAAAGUGUCACUAGAUCCAGAGCAAAGACAUAAUAUCAGGCAUUUACUAGUGGAAAGUGACACACAUGAUAUUCAACUUUCCCCAACAGAUUCAAUGAGUUCUACUAGAAAUUUAUCACCUAAAUCUCCACCUGGAAGUGAAGACUUCCUGAUAUUCUUAUCUGAGGAGCAAUUGCUGCAAACAAUUCAGCCAUCUUCAAGCUAA